CCGCCGACGCCGCAUGCCCGGGCCCGCCGGCCCCAUUGGUCCCCGCAGUCACAUGCCGGGCGGCGGCGGGGCCGCCCGUUCCCUCCCUCCGAGCCUCCCUCCGCCGGGCUGAGCGCAGGGGAGCGGCCGCGAUCGCAGCAUGAGCACCCUCAAGGUCUACAGCACCUCGGUGACCGGCUCCCGGGAGAUCAAAUCCCAGCAGAGCGAAGUAACCAGAAUCCUCGAUGGGAAAAACAUCAAGUACGAGCUGGUGGAUAUCUCCCAGGAUAACGCUCUCCGAGAGGAGAUGAGGGCGAAGGCAGGCAAUCCCAAAGCCAUCCCGCCCCAGAUCGUCAACGGAGACCACUACUGCGGGGACUACGAGCUCUUUGUGGAAGCAGUGGAGCAAAACACCCUGCAGGAGUUCCUGAAGCUGGCCUGAGGCCCGGGCUCCACUCCUAUCCUGGACUCUACCUGCAUUCCUGAGCACCCUCAUCUCCGACCACCUUCACUUCCAGGUUGUCAGCGCUGUCCUGGCACCGCGACUUGUAUCCCAGCACAGGGAAACCCAUGACCAAAACUACUCAUUGCAGCUGCCUACGAUUCCCUCCUGCCUAACCCUGAUAUCAUCUCAGAGGGAUCCAAAGAAAGUCUGACGCUCGCUGCGCACGGCCUUUGAACAAAGCUGGGCCUGGCUCACACCGCAGCUUCCAGUGCCUCUGUAAACAGCAAAGCCUCUGGGGCUGUGCGAAGUGCAGCCGUCCGUCAGCCCUCUCCUCUGCAGGGAGAGCUUCUGCUUCAGGAGGGAAGGGCUUAGGGUUGCAUGUUACUUCCCACUUCACCCAGCUGCUGUUAAAAUUGUAAAUCCUGCUGCCUCACUUAUUUUUUUGGUUUUUUUUUCUUUUUUUUCUUUUUUCAUCUCAACUGCAGAGAUUAUGGCAACUAAGUCAAUUUUUUUGUUUGUUUGUUUUAAUUUAACGCAAAAAUACUGCACAGAGCUGGGGUCUGACCACCCACCGCCGAGAAGGCCGGGGCUGGGGGUGAAGGCCGGUGUCGCUCAGCAGGCUGCCUGGGGGGAUGGAUGGGCCUAGAAGUGGGACCUGGGCUGCUCCGUCUGCCCUCUGCCGCGAUGUGGUGCCAGGGCUCCCUUGUGAGCGUUAAUGGCUCAGGGCUGCUCUGGAACAGCUGAUGCUCCAGCUGUCUUAUCUAUCCUCUUUGAGUGGGCUUUUUUGCAACCCGGACCAAGUGCAUUUUGUUUUCCUGCCAAAAAGCAAGUUUAUAACCAGUGUUGUCUUCUGAGAUGCUAUUAAAUGUUACUGUACCUUUCA